UGCCUUGUCUCAUCGAUGCGAGCCCUUAUUUUGAAAGGCGUGACCGGAUGUGGUGGUGUGACCUCUCGCUUUUCAUUGGUGGAGCGUUCAGCUAGUGGAUUGAGGAGCAAAGGACACUGUUUAAAGGAGGGAAGAAUCAUGACUUCGCAAAUCCGGCAGAACUUCCACCAGGACUGCGAGGCGGCCCUGAACCGCCAGAUCAACCUGGAGCUCUACGCCUCCUAUGUCUACCUUUCCAUGUCCUACUACUUUGACCGAGAUGACAAGGCUCUUCCGAACUUGGCCAAGUUCUUCCGCUCGCAGUCCAAAGAGGAGCGUGAGCACGCAGAGAAGCUGAUGGCUCUGCAGAACCAGCGCGGCGGGAGGAUCUUUCUGCAGGACAUCAGGAAGCCCGACCGGGACGAGUGGGGCAGUGCCGUCGAGGCACUCGACUGCUCCCUGCAGCUGGAGAAGAGCGUCAACCAAUCCCUGCUCGACGUUCAUAAAAUAGCCUCCGAACACGGUGACCCUCAUAUGUGUGACUUCAUCGAGACGCACUAUCUGGACGAGCAGGUGAAGUCCAUCAAAGAGCUGAGUGACUGGGUGUCCAACCUGCGCCGCAUGGGGGCCCCUGAGAACGGCAUGGCCGAGUACCUGUUCGACAAGCACACCCUGGGAGGGGCGAGCGCAUAGAGCACCAGGGUCGUCAUACGUCACAUGCACUGGAACCUGCCUCAUGAGUCCUUUUCAGCUAGGAGGCCAAAUGUAGUUUCACUGAAGGCACAGACUGUGUCUAAUGAGUUGAAGCUAUAAUCUAUUUUCUAUUUAAUCACACUCGGCCCGCUCAAUCUUUUGUGAGAAAUGAAGGGAGUCUGGUUUACCAGAAUACUAUAAAAUUGUGAAAUGCUUGUUUUAAUGUUCAUGUGUUAAACUAUAUUAUAUUUAAAUAAUUUAUGAUUGAAAGUAUAUGAUGAAAAUAUAGAUGCUUCAUGGAUCUGUUUAAAGGGGUGAUAACAUGCCACCAGGUGUGAGUGUUACAAGCCAUUUGAAAAUCUUUAUUUUCCAGUGUUUUAGUGAUAUCUAAGUGGGCGUAUCUACCUAGAUGAACGCUGGAUAGGCCAGCCGAGCAGCCUACCAAGUGGACUAGGAAAUUGAACUUAUCUAUACAUACAUCUUGAUGAACAUUCUCGCUUGUGAUGUCACUAAAACACUGGAAAAGCAGAUUUUCAAACUGCUUGUAAUGACUAAACACACUCAUACCUGGUGGCAAAAUAUCACCCCUUUAUAAAACAGAGGUUUCCGGUCUCUUUAGUUGUAAUGUUGGAUUGCAUUGUACUAUAAUUUUCCCUUCUCAUUUGUCCACUGACUCAGUGCAGAGUUCAGAGGGCCUUAUACAUUGUGCACAACAAAACUGACGAAAACAAGCUUUCUUUUAUGCAUGUUUAUCCCCUUUUCUUGUGUUUUAUGAGUGUGACAUAGUUACUUGAAUACAAUAAACAUUCUAAAUAGUU